AUGCGUAAUCAUAUAUUUAAGGAAAAAAACAACUGUCUUGUAAAUAUUAUUAAUUAUAAUGAAAAAAAUGAUCAAUUUAAUAAUAAUAUGAUAAAAAAAAGAGAUUUAUUUGACCAUAAUUCUUCUAAUAUUAUUUAUGAUGACAAUAUAAAUAUUAUUAAUAAUAUACAAUUAAGUAAAAACUACGAUAUAAAUAAAUUAACUACACUGAAAGAGGAUUCUUCAAAAAAUGAAGUAAACUAUGAUGACAAUUUUACAAAAUAUAAAAACUAUUGUUCAAAAAAUUUUUUGUCAAAUGAAAUUAAUUUUUCAGACAAUUUUUAUGAUAACUCUUCAAAUAAUAUAUUAUCAUCAUUAUCUAACAAUAAUAGUGGUAAAUAUUCUUAUGAGAAAGAAUAUAUAAAUAAAAAUGAGAACCGUAAAAUAAAUCAUAAUGAAAAUAAUAGAAUUAAAAAUGAAGUUUUAAGAAAUAGAAGUUUAAUAAUAAAUGAUAAAUCUGAAAUAUUGAAUGAGCCAAAUUAUUUUUAUAAAGAGAAAAUGGAAUUAGGAAAAACUAACUAUUCCGUUAAUGAAAAAAUGAAGAUAAAUACUAUGUUAGAAUUUUAUAAACAAUGUAAUUCAAAUUUAUUUUACAAAGAAUCGAUAAAGGAUGAAAAUGAAAAUACAAAUUUCUCUUUAUAUAAAGAUGAAGAUAAUAAGUAUAAAGAUAUUUUAAAUUCAAAUAAUUCAUACUAUAAAAGAUCAAAUGAAUUAAACUACUAUUCAACAAAUGACGAAUUACAAAAUGAUGAUAUAUUAAAUGGAAAUCUCCAUGGACAUAUAAAAACAAAAGAAUACCAGAUAAAAAAUAAUGAAUUUUAUAAUUCUUUAAAAAAUAGAGAAAAUAAGAAACUUGGCAAAGGUAUUUCUGAGCAAGAAUUAAUGAACUUUAAAAGGAAUUUAUAUGAACAAAAUAAUAGUAUAAAUAUAAGAGAUGAAUAUACUUUUAAUAAUUCAUUAUUAACAGAUGGAUUAACUCAUGAACAAUUAUAUCCAACUAAUUUGUAUAAUAGUGCAAAUUAUCCUUACUUAAACUAUAAGAAAGAAAAUUUAUCAGGUAAAGCAAGUGAAAUAUUAAAACAAGAAAUUUGUAAUCCAUUAAAGGGUAUAAGUGAUAUACAUUUUAGUGAAAGUAUAAACAAAAAUAAAAAUGUUUUUUCUUCAUUAUCAAUGAAAAAUUUAAACAACCAUUUAAAUAAUAUGAAUAUUCAAUAUAAUGAAGAAUAUAUUGAAGAAAAUAAUCCUAAUAAAAAAGAAUUAAAUAAUUUAGUGAAAAUAACUAAGGAAGUUUAUAGUAGUAAUAAUUUUUCUUCAAAUUCAAAUACAACAGUAGAAUGUAAAAGCAUAAAUAAUAGAAUAAAAAACUUAGAUUAUUCAAAUAAUUCUAACAGUAAGAGAAAUUUAAAUGAUUUAAUUAAUUUAGAUAUUUUAAUUAAUAAAAGAGAUACAAACCAUAUUAGUAACUUAAGUUAUUCAAAUGAUUCAACUAAUUUAAAUAAUAUCGAACAUAUCAACAACAUAAAUAAUUUAAGUAAUUUAUAUAGUACAAAUAAUAAGACUAAUAUCGAUAAUUUAAGCGGUUUAGAUAAUUUAAAAGAGAUUAAUAAUUUUAACAAUUUUGCUAAUAAUAAUAAUAUUAUGAAUAAAAGUAAUUUAGUUAUUAAAAAAGAAAUUAAAUGUGCAAAACGUUUUCAGAAUAAUAAAAAUCAAAUUGAAAACAAUUAUUCAUCUUAUAUGGCAUCAAAUGAAUACAAUGAAAAUAAAAUAGAACAAAAUAAGAAAGAAAAAGAUGAAUUUGAAAUAUCGAAUAAUGAACUUUAUUUAUCAAAAAUAAUGUUACAAAACAACAUAGAUGAAGAAGAAAAAAUAUUUUUUAAUAGUGAUUUAUCAAAUAAUGUGAACAAAUCAAAUUCUACUAGUUCAAAUAAAGGUAAAUUAGAGGAUAAAAAUAAAGUUAAAAGAAAACAAUCAUUUGAAGAAAACUCAGAGUAUUGCACAAAUUUAAGUAAAAGUGAGCAACAAAUAAAUAAAUAUUAUUUAAAUGUGUUAAAUUUUGAAAAUAAAGAUCUGCUAAGUUGCAGUAAAAUAAAAAAUGAACUUAAUAGUUGCCAAAUAUAUUCUACUGAAAUUUCAAAUAAAAACUCCAAAGAAAUGCAUAAAAAUGAGGAACAAUUAGUUCAUAAAGAAUCAUAUACAGAAAAAAAAAGUAAUAUGAAUGAUUCUCUUAAAAGCCAUAAUUGGCAAAAAGAUAAGUGUGACAGUGAAACAUGUAAAGUAGUAGAUAAUCAAAAAAAUUCUGGUUUUAGCAUUAACUCAAAUUUAUAUUGUAAUUUAAGCAGUGAACAUAUGACAAAUUUUGAUAAUAUUGAUGAAAAUGAUAAUAAAAUUAUUGUAAAUAUUGAUAAUAUUAAUGAAAAUGAUAAUAAAAUUAUUAUUCAUAACAAUUUAAAUAACAACAAUAAUAUUGACUAUAAUUUUCAUUGUAAUAAAAACUGUGAUGUUGAUAAUUCAUAUGAUGUUAAAAAGAACUUUUAUAAGAACAUUAGUAUUAGCUAUAACGAAAAUUCUGUUGAAAAUAACAGCAGUGAUAUCAUAAAUAUUAAUUCGAAAUUUCAAAAUACAAGUAAAUUAAAAAAAUAUGGUCAUGAAAAUAGUGAAAAUACUGUGUGUAAUACAUUAGGUGAUUUUAAUCCAAUAAACAGAAAUUUCUUAUAUAAGGAAAAUAAAAAAAAAAAUUCGUUAUUAUUAAAAAAUAAGCAGGAACAUAAUUUAAAUGAUAAUAUAUAUGCAAACAGUGGAAUAAAAUCAUGUAAAUAUCCCAUUACUAAUAUUAAAUUAGAAAAUAUAAAUGUAACAGAAAAAAAAAAGAAAAAUUUUGAUUCAAAUAAAGAUAGUAAAGAAUUAGUGGAAAAUAUAAAUAUAAAAUUAACAGGAUUACAUUUUAAUGAACAAAAAACAAAUACUGCAAUUAUUGCCGAUGCAUUAAAAAUUAUUGAUAAAAAAGCGGAAGACCAUUGCGAAGAAAGAGCAAAAUAUUUGCUUUGUAAAGAAGCAGAAGAAAAAAAAAAUUUAUGUACUAAUAAAAUAGAAAUAGCAAGUGAAAAAAAAAUUAAAAAAAAUAUAAGUUUAUGCUGUAAAAAUUUCAAAGUAGGAUGUCUAAAGGAUAAUAACAAAGCAACUAAAAUAAAAUCACAUUUUAUAUCGAAGCAAAAUAAUAUACCUGCACUUAUAGAACCAUUUAAAAAUGAAGCAAUUAAAACUUUAAAGAAAUUAAAUGUAAAAUAUGAAAAAAGCUAUUGUGAAUAUGAAAAAAAUGGAAACAUUGAAAAAUUACCAAAAACAUGUGAAGAAAAAUUUAAGAACAUAGAAAAUGAUUUUUCAUGCUCAGAAGAGAAAAACGAAAAAGAGGAAUAUAAAAAUAUGAUAAAACUACUAUAUAGUAAAAAUGAAAAAUUUAAAGUAGAAGAAGAAAAUAAAAAUAUUAAUGAAUCAUCUUGUUAUAAUUCAAAUUCUCAUAAUUUUUCUAUGUAUUCUCUUUGUGAUAAGAUUAAUAAUUUUCAUUGUGCAGAAAAAGUCGAAAAUAUAGACCUAAAAGGAAAAAAAGACUUAAUGAAAAAAAAAGAAAGUAAUUCUUUUAAUAAUGAGCCUGAGUUGCCAAAAACUCCUACUUGUUCAAAAAAUAGAGAACUAGAUAAACUAAAUAAUAUAAAUGAAAUAAAUAUAAAAAAAGAUAUUCUAUUAAAGAAAAAAAAUAUAAAAUGUAACAAUUUUAAAGAUAAUAAAUAUUCAAUUAAAAAAAUGGAAAAAAAAAAAAUAAUUAAUAACACAACAAAUGAAAAAAUAAACGAAGUUAAAAAAAAAAACACAGAAAAGUAUCCUCUUGAUAUUGAAGCAACUUAUAAGUGUAAGAAUAUUUAUCUUAAAAUUAAUGUUGACACAAAUAAUGAAGAAUUAAUAAAACAUGCACAAAAUAGAUUAUCGAAAAGAACAUUAGAAUUUAAAUUAAUUACAACGAAACUAAUUAACGGAUUCAUCAAGUCUACUGAAUCAAAAAUUUAUAAAUCAUCAACUAUAAUAUUACAAAAUACGGAGACAGAUAUUUUUUAUAACAUUACUCUUCAUGCAUAUAGUACUACUAUAUCUACUAUAUGGUUGUAUGCAUCUAUUUCCUUUUUUUUGACAAAAUAUAAUAUUCAAAACUUCAAAUUAAAAACUCCUUCAUCUAUUACUUUUACAAAAAAUGGAGAUUUCUUAAAUUCUUUAUUAAAUAGCAACAAUAUAAAAAAAAAUAUUUCAAAAGCAAGUAAACUUGAAUCUCACAAUUAUUUAUUAAAAAAAACCCAUGAAAAAAAAAAAAGUUGUAUGACUAUUUUACAAAAGAAUUCUACAGAAAUGAAUAAAAGGUUUAGUAUUUCUGAAGAUAAAAAUGAUAAUUUUCUUAAAGAUUAUUGUGAUUUCUCUAAUACUGAUAUUUUUAAUGAAAGUAUCCUUCAAAUAAAUAAAAUAGAUAUUUGUAAUUCUUUAGAGAAAAAUAAUCAAUCAAAAAACAAAAAUAGUGAAGAAGAUAAUAAUACUUUAGAUAAAGAAAAUUCUAACAAUAGUUAUGGCAUAUCACAUAGUGAUGAAUGCCUAAGUAGUUCUUCCUAUGAAGAGUUAUUAUUGGACUUUCAUGAUCUUAACAAAAGUGAAAUAAAAAAGGGAUUCCAAAAUUAUAAAUAUGAAAAAAAAGAAGAAAAACAAGAAGAUAAAAAAUUAAAACAUUUAAACACAAUUACUCAUAAAAAUACUCCUUUAUUUGAUGAAAAAAAUUCCUCUCAAAAAUAUGAUAAGAAUAAAGAAAUAGUUAACAAUGAAAGCAAAGAAAAAAAUAAUAUAAAUGGGAUAAAAAACAAUUACAUAAAUGGUAAAAUAAAAGAGGAAAAAUUAGAGAAUUCAAUGUAUUUAGAAAUAUUGAAUAAUGCUUAUAAAGAACCUUUUAUAUUUUCAGAAUUUUUGUUAAAGAAAAAUGUAGAUAUUCAAAAUUCUAAUAAAUUAGUUAACAAUUUGAAGAUUAAAGAAAUUAAAGAUUCUAGUUCGUUAACUUUAUCCAGUAGUUGCAUAUCUAAAGAUGAAUAUAUGAACGACAUGAAAAAUGAAUUAAUGAAUGUCAAGCAAAAUGUUGUAAUGGAAGAACAUAGUGACAAAGAUAAAAAUAAUUUCAGUAAAAAAUUAAAUAAUAGUUGUGGAGAAGAUAUAUUAAAAUACCCUCUUAAAAAAGACAGUGAUUCUCCUAAAGAAAAUAUUUAUAUGUUGAAUGAACUAAAAGAUGAAUUAGAAGAUAUAAAAAGUAUAAAAAAUGAAAUGACUACUAAAAAUAAUAUGAAUAAUACCACUGAAGAAGUAAAGAUAAACCCUAGUGAUAAUAAUAAUAGUUAUUACUUUGGCAACAAUUAUUAUUAUAAAAAUUAUAUAGAGAAAAACCAUAUAGAAAAUGACUUAACUAAUGAAAAUUCAAAUUAUAUAGAUUCACUUAAUAAUGAAUUAAAGAUCAUACCCGAAUAUUCAAAUAAAAUUUACAAAGAAAAAAAUGUAAAUGUCUUAAAUUUAAAUAAAUAUGAUGAAAAAUAUGUAUCGGAAAAAUUACAAAAAUCAAAAGUUCUGUUAAUUAAUAAAAGUGAAAAUAUUACUAAAUAUGAUUUGAAAUUAGUGAAAAAUUCUUUUAUUAAUAAAAAAGAAAAUACAAAUUAUGAAAAUUCUAAUGAAACAAAAGAAAUGAAAGAAAAUAAUGAAAUAAAUACAAUAUCACUAAAUGACAUUAUUCAUAGCAAAGAUAAACAAGGAACAAGUAUAGUAGAUUUAAAUAAAAUGAAUAAUAAUAAUGAAGGAAGAACUAAUGAGAUAAAGGUAGAAAAUAUUAAAACGUCAGAACCUACUGUUACGAGUAAUUUUAUAUUUAAAAAAAAAACAGAGAGUUUAAAUGAAAAGCAUGAAAUUUAUAACCACAUGUAUUUGAAUAAAAAUAACAAAAACAAUGAACUGAAUAAAUACGAAGCUAAUGGAAUAAAGUUGAUAGGUUACAACAACUUGAACCAUAAUAAUAAUAUAGAAAAAAAUAAAAAUAUAUUAUUUACACCAAAUAACACAAAUAACAUAUUAAUUAAUAAACUUCAUAAUUCAACAAGAAUUAGUUAUAAUCCUCAUAUAAAAUCAAAGAAUUUUAAAGAAUAUCUAGAUUACAACAACGCAACGUUUAACCCAAUUGAUAAAAAAGUAAUAGUUCUUAAAAAUAAAGAAAUAGAAGCUCUUUCAAAGGGUUCAGAGUAUGAUAAAUUAAAAUAUGUAUACAAAUCGAAUUUUAAUAAAACAUGUGAACACAUAAACUUAAUUAGAAGAGAUAAUAAUAUCAGUAAAACUAAUUUUCCUAUAAACUUUUUAAAUAAGACAUUUACGAACAACAUUUGUAUGGAUAAUGAAGAUAGAAAUAAGAAACACUUUCAAAAUAGCAAAUGUAAAAUAUAUAAUUCAGAAGAUUUGCUGCAUAAAAUUAAUAAUUAUAAACAUGUAAGGUGCACAGAUAACGCUAAUCAUACACAUGAUUUUAACAAUAAUUACCAUCAACAUUUAAAUAUGCAAAAAAAUUAUUUCAAUUAUUUCCCUAAUAAUAUUAAUUCAUUAAAUAUAUAUGAGAAAGAUAUAGAAAGUAAUGCAAAGGAAUCAGUAAACAAUUUCAUUGAGUAUAAAAAAAAAAAUAAUAAUAAUGAUAUAUAUCAUAUAAACAAACAUGUAACUGCUAGUGAAAACAUUCUCAGCGAACAUUUGCUAAAUCAGAAUGGGAAAAAUUACAAAGAACAAAGAACAACAGAUGAAAAUUAUAUAUUUAUUGAUGAUAAUAAUAGUAAUAAAAAUAAUGAGAAUUAUGUAAAAGAAAUCGAACAUAAAAAAAGUAACAAAUGCUUUAAUAAAGAAUUUUUCAUCAAUUCUCAAAAAUUUGUUAUUGAUAAAAUACAUAAUAAUAAUAAGGACAAUAUUGCAUUAAAUAAUGGAACUACUAAUAAUUUGAUAUGUUAUAAUGCAAGCAAUAACAAUAUCCCAUUAAAUGAAUUAGUUAAUAACAAUGCAAUAAAUAAUAAUGAUAGUAAUAUAGUACAUAAUAACUUAAUGAAAAAUUAUAAAUAUUAUAAUAUGACAAAUAGUAAUAAUAACGUAAAUAGAAGUAAUAAUGAGUUUACUUCUAUUAAUAUUGAUAGCAAAAAAUAUACCCAUAAUAAUAUUCAUUUAUUUAAAAAUACACAACAAAGAAAACCUAAUUAUAAUAUAAAAUUAAGUGAAAAUUCUCAAAAUUACCUAAAUAAUAUAUAUAUGCUAAAUUUAAAUAAAGAAAGGACUGAUACAGUUGUUGGUAAUAAUUCCUAUAAUGAAAUAAAUAUGGAACCAACAUAUUUGAAUGAAAAUAGAAUAAAAUAUAUACAUAAUAUAAAUAAGAGUGAAAGUGAACCUAAUCUCAAAAAUAUAUUAUUAAAACCAAACAUAUAUAAUAUAAAUUGUUAUGAUAAAUAUGUAAUAGAAAAUUCUCCAUUAAAAAAUGUUUUAAAAAAAAAUAUUUUUAUUCUUCCACAAGGAGUUAAGAAAGAUGCAAAAGAAAACCCUUAUACAAUUUACAAAAUAAAUGAGAAAAAAUUAAAAAAUGGAAUCAAUAAUAAUUAUCCAUUUAAAAAUUUUAAUUUAAUUGAAAAUAUGGAAAAUAAUAUAAAUACAAAAAAAAAUAUUACAAAUAUACCAAAUACUAUGAGACUUCAGGAUAUUAUUAUGAAUGAAAAAAAUAUAAGCAAUAAUUUAAGCAAUUUUAAUAUAGAUGGAAAUAAUAAUUUAAAUCACUUGAAUCAAAAUAUUAAUAAUAACAUCAACUACUUAAAUGAGCAUUCAAAUCGUAAUUUCAAUUUCUCAAAUCGAAAUUUUAAUAAUAAUAUGAAUUACUUACAUCAACAUUCAAGUCGUAAUUUAGGUAUCUUGAAUCAAAAUAUAAAUAAUAAUUCAAACGUUACAAAUAAAGCUUAUUUCUCUGUGAAUAAAAAAGCUAAUUUAGUUAAAUUAAAUGAGAAUUCGAAAGAUAUCAGAAAAAAUAUAUAUUCCUACAGAGAUUUAAUGAAUGAGAAUGAGAAUAAUUUAAUCAGUAGUUCGACAUUAAGUAAUUCAUUUGAUAUUAAAAAAUUAUACGGAAGUUCUGACGAUUUAAAAGAUAAUGUAAAUAUGUCUUUAUAUUGUUGCCCAUUAAAAAAAGACUAUAAAAGCAAUAUAAACGAAACUUAUUUUUCUCCCUCAAAUUUUUCUAAAAUGAAACAAAUGAGAAAUGUAAAAUAUAAUAAUAACGAUUUAAAUGCCAAUAAUGACUAUAAAAAUAAUUUAAAAAAAAACUAUAUAACAUCUAAUUACAUAAACGAUAAUAUACAAAAUAGUAAAAACCAUAGAAACAUAGAAUUAGGUUUGAGUCACCACAAUUAUUUAAAAGAUGUAGAGCAAACAAAAACUUGUAAAAAAAUAUUAAAUGAAAUGAAGGAUUCCAAAAGUAUAUGUAACGAUAAUGUGCCAGAUGUGCAUACAAAAUAUUCAUAUAUAGAUAACAUCUUCAUAAAUAACGAAAACUCACUUAGUAAAAAUAGAAAGUUUUCCCCUUUUUUCGGAAAACCUAGUAAUUUAAAUAUGCAAAAAAAUGAGAAUUUUGAAAAAUUCUCACAAAAUAUAUAUUCCAAUUUACAAAUAUUCCAAUUAAAUAUUCAACUUGAUGAAUCUACAUGGAAGCAUAUUAAAUUUUCUUAUGAAGACUUAUUAGAUGAAAAAGUAAUGAAAUUUAUUAAAGAUAAUAAACUAAAACAAAUAUUUUUAAUUCCUAUUAAAGAAAAAAUGGAAUAUAUGUUACAAAAUGAUAUAAUAAAAUGGAAUAUCAAUAUUACAGAAUUCUUAUAA